AGACCUCGCCUCGAGAAGAUCAAGAGGGAGUGGAAGGCCGAAUUUAUCAAAGAAGAUGAGGAGGAGCUCCUCAAGGAGCAUAGCGACCUCAAAGAGCUUAAAAACCAUCAUCUCCAGAGAAAGAGAGAAGCCUGUGAUGCCAUCCAGGCGGAGUACCUCCGCCAUCAGGAGAUAAUAAGAGAUCUCCAAGCGCAGGCAGAGGAGGCAACUACAGCUUUUAAAGAAACUAAGGCAGCCAUAAGCGAAGUAGUGCGCAAACUCAACAAAGUACAUAGGCUGUGA